UGUAAAGUCCCAGAGCGCAGGAUCUGUGCAGGACUAAUGUAACAGAUGUGAGACCCUUUAAAGAGUGAAACAACUGAUUUAGCACACACAUAACCUCCUGUCGCUCCUUCUUAAGAGACAUUAUUGUGAAACAAUGGUAGUUAAAACGAGAAAACCAAACGCAAAGGAUCUAAACAGCGAGAAGGACAGGAGUCAACCUGUGUCUGGCAAAAGCAGGCGUGGAAAAGAUGGAAAAGGCUCGUCUUUCCAGAGUAAAAACGGAGCGGUUACUGGGAUCAUAAGAAGCAAACUGGGCUUGAGUUCAUCCGCCUUCACGAGAGGAAUAACGGUCCUGGUUCUCGCUUUCAUUGUUGGAUAUUUACACUGGUAUCAUCUCUCACUUCUAUUUGAAAAUGACAGACACUUCUCACACAUGUCAUCGCUGGAGAAGGAGAUGGCUUUUCGAACUGAAAUGGGACUUUAUUAUUCAUAUUUCAAAACCAUCAUUGAGGCGCCUUCUUUCGCGGAUGGUCUUAACAUGAUCAUGAACGACAGACUCACUGAAUAUCCGCUGGUGAUAAACACUCUAAAGAGGUUUAACUUGUACCCUGAGGUGGUCUUGGCCAGCUGGUACCGAGCAUACACCAGCACAAUGAGUUUCUUUGGAGUCUCUACCAAGUUGUGUUGGACCAUAAACAGAGGCGAGGGUCAAGAACCUGUGGAGAGCUGUGAAGGUUUGGGAGAUCCUGCAUAUUUUUAUGUCACUUUUGUGUUCGUCUUAAAUGGGGCAAUGAUGAGCCUGUUCUUCAUUUAUGGAACAUAUCUGAGUGGCAGUCGACUGGGUGGGACCGUGACAGUUUUGUGUUUAUUUUUCAACCACGGAGAGAGCACACGAGUCAUGUGGACCCCUCCUCUCAGAGAGAGCUUCUCUUACCCAUUCCUGGUUCUGCAGAUGCUUCUGCUCACACACAUCCUGCGGACAAGGAACCCGUGCAGAAAUACUAUGAUGGCUUUGGGUAUCUCCAAUGUGUUCUUCAUGCUGCCCUGGCAGUUCGCACAGUUUGUUUUACUUACCCAGGUGGCUUCUCUUUUUGCUACAUAUAUCCUGGGUUAUCUGAGCCCUGCGAAAAUGCAGUCUGUCUUGGUCACGCACAUGAUCUCUCUGGUCGUCUGUUUCCUUCUGAUGUUUGGGAACUCGAUGCUGUUGACGUCCUUCUACGCCUCUUCACUAGUCUCCAUCUGGGGUAUUAUUUCUCUCCGGGAUUGUUUUGCGGCUGUAUUGAAACCUGGACUUCUCACGUGGCUCAUGCAGUGCCUUGCGUGGGUGGUCUCCACUGUCAUCCUGAAGUUCAUGCUCUCAAGGAUUGUUGGAGCAUCAGAUGAUGCUCAUAUCAGCAGUCUGAUCAAAUCCAAGUUCACAAGCUACAAAGAUUUCGACACAAUGAUGUACACAUGCGCAGCCGAGUUUGACUUCCUCGAAGCGGAGACUCUUUACCGGUAUGUCAAAACCCUGCUGCUUCCAAUAAACCUGCUGAUUGUGGGUUUCAUUGCUGGAUGGAUGAUACGAGACGUGAUUGUGUUUCUCAGAAGCGAAAGGAAAGACAAAUCGGAGGAGGAAGAAACGGAGCAGGCCCACGUUUUGGCGAAGGGUGUGCUGGUGUAUCACAGUCUGCAGCUGUUGGCGUUUGCAGUGUUGGCUGUGCUCAUCAUGAGACUGAAGCUGUUUCUCACUCCUCACAUGUGUAUCAUGUCCUGUUUAAUCUGCUCAAGACAGUUGUUUGGCUGGAUUGGAGAGAAGCUUAAACUCCAAAUGGUAGUUUUUGCAAUAUUGUCCAUGAUGGCAGUUCAAGGAGUCACCAACCUACAGAGUCAGUGGGGCGUUAUAGGAGAAUUCAGUAACUUUCCACAAGAAGAGCUUCUAGAGUGGAUUAAGGACAACACGAGCCCUAAUGCUGUAUUUGCUGGUGCUAUGCCCACCAUGGCAAGUGUAAAACUAUCCACCGACAGAGCCAUCGUGAAUCAUCCGCACUAUGAGGAUGCAGGAUUGAGAGAAAGAACAAAGAUGGUAUAUGCCAUGUACAGCCGCAAGCCACCUGAGGUUGUAAAGAGAAACUUAAUAAAGCUGCAGGUGGAUUACUUCAUCCUGGAGGACUCGUGGUGCACCAGACGCACUAAGCCCGGUUGCAGUAUGCCUGAGAUCUGGGAUGUGGAGGACUCUCACAAUGCUGGAAAAGUGCCACUUUGUACCUUGAUGUCUAAGGAUUCUCGUCCGCACUUCUCCACUGUCUUUCACAACAGUAUUUAUAAAGUCCUUCGGGUUCCCAAAACAGCGAAAGAUAUCAGAUAACAGCAGUUUAUUUACUCGGUCGAACCUGUUUUUGAUAUGGUGUAUACACACAGCAGUGAUUAUUUUUGUAAAGGUCACUCUUGUUUUUCUUGCAUCUUGCUUGUGACACUUUAGAAUCCGUUUUAUUUUGAUAAGCUGUAACAGAUGUUUAAAUGUGGUGAUUCACAGCAGAUCGUCAGUCAGUAUUGAAUCACCAUUUCCCCCUAAACCAUCUACUUACUGAAACGUGAGUAUUUAUUGUAUUAGGAUGAUUGUGAUCUUUGCCAUCCUGGGUGCUGCUGUUUUAUCUUUUAGAGGUGAAAGGAAUUCAGCGUUGUUUACCAUCAUCAUCUCACUUUUUGAGAUGUAAAGUAAAAAAAAUUUGGGGCAGAUGCUGUCUUACCAAAGUGACCAACAAAAGAUGUAUCUAUGAUUUAAAGGGGUCAUAUUAAGAUUGGCCAGUUAACCAGUGCGUAGUGAUAUACUGGAAGAGUGUGACGGAAAUAUAACGCCUCUUACCCUAUUUGGAACAUCAGGUACUGACAGGUACGACCACCUUACUUAGUCUUAGUCAAGUCAUACUACGAACUGAUGUAGAUUCGUGGGGGUGUGGCUACACGAGGCGUUUCAGGCAGGUCUGGGUGAGCAUUCGCUUUUAGAUAGAAUGCAUCUUAUAACACACCAAAGCCACAGAAAAACACGUAUUCUCGUCAUAUGACCCCUUUAAACGAACCGUUUGUAGUGUUACUUUUAAAAUCGACCAAUUUCAGUGUUUAUCUGUAACUGCUUGUUACUUCAUGUAAAGAUUUUAUGUGCGGAGAUCAUGGUUAAUGUUUCGUAUUAUUGUAAGGUAUGGUUUUGUGAAAUAAUUCGUUUUAAAAAUUAUUUCGUUUGUAGCAGACGUUUACUUUACAACUCCUUCAUUCCAAUACUGUACAACUCUUUCAUUCCAAUACUGUACAACUCUUUCAUUCCAUAACAUUUCAGUGUCAUUCUCUCUGUAUUGAAGUUUAUAUUCCAGUGUUAAGCGUUUUUCUCAUUUCCUAGCCGUCAGCGGAAUGAAACAAGGAAACCGCAACAUGCAAUUAACUGAAUUGCGCAAUAUGUUUUCUUCAUGUUAUGGGUUUAGGGGUCUUAAUGAUACAGUCAGUAUUCACUGCCAUAGGUAUUCAUUUGUACUAUUUGUUUGGUUUUAAAUCUAAAGUGUCCUUUACAUUUUAUUAAGAUUCCUUUAAUUGUACAUGCAGAGGUUUAGGAAUGUUCACUGUCUUCAGGAACUCGUUACUCUUCUUGUCCUUUUUAUCUGUAAGGUAUAGCAGGACUGAAGCCUUUCCUAUUCUGGAUCUUUCCUCUGAAUAAACGUUUUUAUUUGAA